UCCGCCCCUGGCCUCAGCCGCUUCCUUUCAUUUUUUGUUUGUUGGAAGGAGAGUGCCGGCCUGCUGGGGAUGAUGCCGCGCUGCCAGUCCUCGACUCCGUCAACAACCUGGCGCCAGGGGCGGAGGCAGGGGGGAUUUGCGUGCUUUAUCAAGUCUGCUUGCUUGUAGAUUUUGUGUUCAGUUUUCUUUUUUUUAUUGAUUUUUUCCUCUGUUGUUACCGACGGGGAUCGAGCUCAGAGGUACGAUGCCUUUAGAUGUAAAACGCACAACAUCGAGCAGGAGUGCAUGAUUAAGUUAGCUGAUGGAUAUAGUUGUAAAAAAAGGUUAGGAUUGUACUCGCAUUUUCUUAUCAAUUCUUUACAUGACAAAUUGCUGUCCAUUACACUGGUAUUUACAUGAAUUGGAACAUGUAAAAUUGGGCAAACAUAAUUGUAAUUUCAGUUUUCAAAUCAUGAAACGAGUUUGCAUUUUUUAUUUACAAUUUCUCUUCCUCACAAGUUACAGUUCAUUACAGCUGUAUGUACAUGAUCUUGGACAUGUAAUUUUGGAUAGCCCACUGUCGAGUUUAGACUGUCAGUUUACCGUUUCUGAACAUGAUAUGAAUCAAGGGGCCCAUGGGAAAAUAUUAGUACUACUAGUGAAGGACAUUGUACUCCCGAUGCUUUUACUGAAUCUAGUCUCAACAUGUAUGUAGUUUAUUCUCAUCUGAACUGAAAUAAUGUUCAUCUCUACUGAAGCAUGUUCAGUAUUCAUGUAAUAUAUGUUUUUGUCAUUAGAAGUUCAGCAUAUCUUCACACAUAAAAAGGUUAUUGGUGUUUGUACAGUACACAUGCUUCUGCUUUUGCAUCAUUUUUGUUUUUGAUUAUUGGUAAUUGAAUUUGUGAUGAUUAUAACUGAAAAUGUGUGCCCUGGAUGCAUGUUCUGUAUUAAAGCGUGCUUCUGAACAUUUUGUACAUUGUGAGUUGUGAUCUUUUAAAAUUCAAACAUGACACUAUCCAGCUGCUUGUGCUUGUCUUCACAAAAGACAAUUCAAUGUGUGAUAAUAACUAUGUGAUAACAGACUUCUCUUAUUAUUAGAUGCUCUCAAAUUCUUGUAUAAUGGUAUCAGGCAUGAUGACCUGCUAUCCAAAUACUCUGUAAAAUCUGCAUUUGCCUGCAAUCAUACUAUGGAACUCUGAAUAGUUUUCGACUUGUGCCAGUAGAUGAUUCAUGCUUUCGACUUGUGCCUUUUCUAUAUGUAAUGCUACCUCUUCAAGGUAGUUUGGCUUGAACAGAACUAGUUGGUAAGAGAGCCACAUGUAGGUGCAUUACUCUGAAUCUGAGGUGUUAUGUUAUUUGUGGUACCUCUGGUGGAAACAAAAUGUGAUCCAUUCAGCUUGUCUAAAAUUAUGUUGGACAGGCAUACUAUCAUAGUCAUUCUUGCAUCUUUUUAUUCCAAAAACAAGACAUUCUAAAAUAUUGUUUCCAAGAUAUUGAAGUGCUAAAGUAUGCCUGCUUUACGUUUUGUGUUCUUUUUUUCUGAAUAUGCCUCAAUUUCUGAUCGUACCUACUCAAGGGCAUAAGGAUGAGUUCAACGGUGGAUGCUGCUGUAAGGAAAGGCUCUGUUGUCUUAACAAGGACGGAAAGUAUAACCGAAUACAUAAACAAGGGUGGGCAACCCAGAUCUGGUACUCAAGGACAAUCUGACACUCCAGUGUCAGCUAAUGACAUGUGUGCUCUGGAUGAAUGGCCAUCCCAUGCUCGCCGCUAUCGUGCGCAACUACAGGAUGAAGCAGAUGGACAGAAGAAGAAGAAAGGGCGAGGUGUUGUAAAAGGUGUUAAAGCAGCUCAGAAGCGUUUUGCCAGCGGAUCUACGAAGCUAAAUAUUACAUUCUCUGAAACGUUGGGUGGUACGAUAGGAAUGAACUAUCGCUCAUUCAAGGAUGACGUGGUAGUGAUAAUGAAAAGGAAGGUACCACUCAUUGGGGUGAGGAGGUGGUCCGACAUUCACCCAAGUGUGCAUCGACUCAUUGUCGCAGAUGUGAUAGACAGAUGGGACCUAGAAGAUACACCGGAAACUGAAGAGAAAAUUCUCAGAAUUGCGCAAGAGCGAUAUAGAGGCUGGCGAUCAACUCUAAGCUCCACUUACAAGGCAUUCAAAACAGAUGAUGCUAGAUUGGCUAAUGUUCCGGAAGAUUUACAACCAGAAGAGUGGGAAUGGAUGAUCAACUACUUCGGCAAUGAUGAAAAAUUCCAGGCACGCAGCCAAAUGAACUCCGAUAAUCGCAAGAAACAGAAGACAAAACAUAGAGUUGGAUCAAAAUCGUACGCGCAACUAAGUUUUGAGAAGGUAUGA